AUGCUCAGAUUCCCACGGGCAACUAGGCAGCUGGGCUAUCUAUUUGACGGCACCAACUCAUAUCACGCCUUGGUGGUCGUACCCACGGGGACAUUCAGCCCGGAAAUAGUGGGUCAAGCCGUGAGCCUAGGACACAUACUUGCAGGAAGCACUUCUGAAGUAACUGGUCCAACUACCAUUCCAACCGUGGCACUCCGUUUUCCUCCUAGAGCUGCAAGGCUGAAGAUUGCUCUAGCGGUUGCCCACUCGCUGCUUGAGCUAUUCCCAAGUCCUUGGUUUCCAAGAGACUGGGACAAGAACGACAUCUACUUCUCUGUCAGACCAGACGGGAGCGUCAACACUGAAAUGCCUUUCCUGAUUCCCAGAAAUGACACCAGCAAUGCCCAGAACCACAAAGGCAGAGAGUCUGCAGCAGAAUCAACGUUACAUACAUCGAGACCUCAUGACCAUGGAGAUAUCUUGCUCAGCCUCGGCAUCUUGAUCCUCGAAGUCUGGUUCGGCCAGUCUCUCGAGUCUCAGCCUUCGUGGGAAGCCAACUUCGGCCCUAAUGGCAAGGAAAAAGAGUUUACCAAGUUCAACGCCGCAGCAACCUGGCAACGGAUGGUUGGGGAUGACGGUGGCCUGUUGCUGCACAACAUCACUCAUCGAUGUGUUUACGGCAACUUUGACUUGGUCACGUUAAGCUUGGAAGACGCAAAACUGAUCAAGGCGGUUUAUGAGAACGUGGUCAUGAAAUUGCAGUGUUUUUAUCGUGACGUAUUUGUCUCUUCUUGGGAGAGGUAA